CGCGGCAGAGAGAGAGAGAGAGAGAGAGAGAGAUCCACAGGCAGUUUUAUAGCUCGUCUUAUUACCCCGGUUUAUUGCAUCGUAACGGUUUAACGAUCAUCGCCUGUUUUCACAGUCGAGACCACCGGUUUAUGCUUUCGCCCGCUAGCGGUAACCAUAACAAGACCAUAAAAGCCCCCGCCACCAACCAUGAGACCCAUUCUGAAUUACACUCUUACGGCCUACUGACAUUGACACUCCGGGUGUGUAACCGGUGCUAUACCUACCGAUGACUUUUAUGGCCUCUUAAAACGGUUUAAUGCUCGUUUAUUCGUCCCCCCUGUCAACGUUUUCACCUAUCGCCGCCCGCGUCGAACAAAACGUAUCGCUACCUUAGGCGUUUAUGUUUCGCCCGGUAAAUCAAAAGGUGAUAGAAGAUCAAAGGUCUAAUUAGCGUCCGUACGAUCCGAGGGAGUCAUCCUCCGAUAUCAUCGGACACGGACUAGCGAACUUUGGCUAGCCACGUGCGCUCGAUGUAAUCGCAAAGCUAUCUUCAACGCCGACUCCUUCCGCUCCUGCCAUUAUUUUUUUUGUGUGCCGGUGUUUUAGUGCAAGUGAUCCAAGAUACCCGGAGUAAUGAACUCGUAUUUUGAGCAGACAGCGGGCGGCUUCUACGGAAGCCACCAUCAUCAAACGGGAGCGGCGAGUCAGCAUCAUGAUCCGGCCACUGCCGCGGCAUAUCGAAGCUUUCCGCUCGGGUUAGGUAUGUCGCCUUACGCAUCGACGCAACAUCAUCAUCACACGUCCUCCUCGUUAGGGAUACAUCCAGGUGGUGGCACCAACACGAGACCACCCCAAGACUCGCCGUACGAUGCCAGCGUAGCGACGGCCUGCAAGCUUUACUCGACGACACCCGAGGCAACCGGCCACACCACGUCCUCGUACUCGACCACAGCGACGAAAGACUGUAAGCAACAGGAUCAAACGUCGGCCCAUCAAAAUGGUUAUGCCGCGGCGAUGGCAGCGGCGGCGGUUAAGGAUGUCUGGCAAUCGGCUACCUCGGGCGCGAACAGCCAGAGUAACUCGGUCGUACGUCCCUCCGCGUGUACCCCGGAAAGUACGAGGGUCGGUAGCUACGGUGGCCUAGUAGGCGGCGAUCCGGCAUCGAGUCCGGGCAACAACAGUUCGUCAAGAUCCCUCACGUCGUCCUGGAACACCUGCAGUUUGAACUCGUCCGCGAGUCAACCGGUCGCCACGCAACUGCAUCAGCAACCCACCGCCAACCAUACCUUCUACCCCUGGAUGGCUAUAGCAGGUAAGGAUAAUAUCGCUAAGCCACAUUGGACAUGGUUGCAAGGAGCGAAUGGAAUGCGCAGGCGCGGACGACAGACCUACACGCGCUACCAGACGCUGGAGCUGGAGAAGGAAUUCCAUACGAACCACUACCUCACCAGGCGGAGGCGGAUCGAGAUGGCACACGCACUCUGCCUGACAGAACGGCAAAUCAAGAUCUGGUUCCAGAAUCGGCGAAUGAAGUUGAAGAAGGAGAUUCAAGCGAUCAAAGAGCUGAACGAGCAGGAGAAGCAAGCGCAGGCGCAGAAAGCGGCAGCGGCAGCAGCGGCGGCGGCUGCGCAUCAGCAGCAAGGGGGCGGCGGGGGUCCAGAGGGGGGCAACUAG